AUGGGUUCUCCAGUGCCAUCCAUGGGCGAAGACUCUGAGAGCGCCCUUCGUGGUAUCCAAGUAUUCCUCGAUGCACAAGCUAUCUCAGCCGUAGCAGGAUGCGGCCUGCGUCACGCAGCCUACUGGAUCGCCCUCCGCCAAGAAAUCAUUACAGCCUUCAGCAAACAACGAACCUUCCGCCUCCCCCUCGGUCCCUGCGAACCCUACCGCACCUUUGAACCAGCCGACGACUACGUCUGGGCUGACCGACUAGUAAUCCACUGCGCCGAUGUGUUACAAUACUGCUUCGGCUCGGAGGAAGAGAACCUCCCACGCGACACAUACCAGUCAACCUCCAGCAUGGGCGUACUAUAUCCAAAGCCGACCACGGACAUGCGUAUCGCGCGCUACGAUGAACUAGUCGCAUUCGAAAGACUGUGGGUUGAAAUGGGCCCGCCCAGUUUCAAACCCAUCUAUGCGCGAGGACCAGACCGCUCGCGCGGCGAAGUCUUUCCCGAGUUAUGGUACUUGAACAACUGCCACGUCGCGGGCUUGCAAUUCCUCGAUCUAGCGCGUAUCUUGCUCACAGUAUACAACCCCAAGCUGCCCCGUCUAGGCCCGGGCCAGCGCACGGCGAUGCGCACGGUUGAUCGCGAGGUGCGCGCGAUUGUAUUGAGGUUGUGCGGGAUCGCGCUGUCUAAUCAGCAUAGCCCACCGGGACUGGUGAAUGCAUUUGUGGCGAUUGGAAUGUGUGGUGAUCGGUUUACGGAUCGAUUGGAACAGGAGGCUCUUCUCGGGGUGCUUGUCAAGUUGGAGGAUGAACACGCGUAUCCUACGACGAGUACGCGGGAGUUGUUGAAGGGGGCCUGGGGGUGGGAUGGGUAUGAUGCCUCCGAAUAG